GUUCGAAUGGCUCCGGCCCUCGCAAGACGCUCCAGCGGGCGAAACGGUCCAAUCGCAGCGCAGGUGGGCGUGGCCGUGGCGCCGUACGGCUGAAGCGAGAGCGAGCAGACGGGGCUGAAUGAAGCGUUACGGCGUCCUGCAUCCGCGAGCUCCGGCUCGAGCCCAGUUUCAAGCGGAGCUGUAACGGUUAGUUUUUCCAUAACGGCUCUUCCCGCCGUGGCUCCGGGAGGGAGAGAGAGAGCCGACCCAGCCCGGCCUGGCAGCCGUAGGUGGAUAACAGCUUUCAUUUCAUUCCUCUUCCGUCUUUCUGGGAAGCCCUGAGCGCGCUAUCCAUGGGAUUACGACACUGAGAAGAAGAGCGAAGGAAGAGGAAAAAAUAUUUAAAAUAUAGAAAAGAAAAAGAAUUAAAAAAAAAAGAUUUAUUUAUUUAUUUUUAGUGAAACUAAUAUCGGUUCUAAACGAGCCGCUUCAACUUUCGCUAGCGAAAAAUAAAUAAAUAAAUAAAUAAAUAAAAGACUGAAGGGGGCGUAUCCGCGCGUGAGUAGCUAGCGAGGCAUCCCCGCCCCCCCCAACUCGAUCCUCACGCCGGCCGAGCUGAGCUCGCUCGCGCUGCCGCGGAGUUCUGGCCGUUGGAGCGGAGAUGGGUGUCGGUCGCCCCGGAGAAGUUGUGGAGGGAUAGAGGGAUAGUCUUCAUCUUUUCGGCGCCGCUUUUCUGCUUUUUUUUUUUUCUUCUCUCCUUCCCGCCAGAUGACCGCGCGGGCGCGCGAGCGUGGUUCGUUAACGGCAAAGAAGGCAAAAGCGACGCGCGAGAAAAUGUCUCUUGGUGUCGGAAGGUCUGUUCGCGUCGAGACUUUGUGUUUGGAGACCGCGCGGCGCAGGCAAGCCCGUUGUUAUUAUUAAUGAUAGUAAUUAUAAUAAUAAGAUGAUGUUUUGGGAGUGAGCCGCUCCCGUUGUCGCCCCGUUUUAGAACUAACUCGUUACCGGAUUUAAAAAAAAAUAAUGGCCAAUGAAAGUCCCUACAACAUCCGGGACAUCGUGGAGAGAUACAUCCAGCACAAACUUCUCAAGCGAGGCUACGUGUGGGAGUUCCGCCCCGGCGCCGCCGCCGCCGCCACGGCCGACGACGACGACAACGACGAGGCCGAGAUGCCGCGCGCAGGGCCCGCGAGGCUGCACCGGUUGCUGCGCGAGGCCGGCGAUGAGCUCGAGCGCGCCUACCAGCGGGACUUCGCCGCCAUGUGGGACCAGCUGCGCGUGGCGCCGAGCACGCAGCUCCAGCGCAGCUUCGUGGCCGUGGCCGAGGAGCUGUUCGGCGACGGCGUGAACUGGGGCCGCGUCGUGGCCUUCUUCGAGUUCGGCGGCACCCUGUGCGUGGAGAGCGUGAACCGCGAGAUGGCGUCGCAGGUGGACCACAUCUCGAGCUGGAUGACCGAUUACCUGAACGGACCACUGCUGCAGAGCUGGAUCCGGGACAACGGUGGCUGGGAUGCCUUUGUGGAGAUCUACAGUCAGCAGAGAAGGUCUAUUUUCCACCCCUGGCCCUAUCUAAAGACAGUGUUUGGUCUGGCAGCCCUGGGGGCAGCAGGGGUAACCAUUGGAGCUCUCUUUACCCAGAAGUGAUGACCCUUACUCCUUAGCAUGGGAUCAUCCCCACCUCUUCCUCUCACUCUCUCUCUCUGUCUCUCUCUCUUCUGGCUUAUCAAAGCACUUGUUCUCUCAGCAUCGCACUGCCCUGCCCAGGACCAAGGCUCUACUGUCUACUCCAUGGAGCGGAGCUGUCCUUUGUCCACAUGCUUGUGACUGGAGCGGGAGAAGAAACAAGGAUUAAGAGAAGAAUACAUGGACAAACUCCUACACUUGUACUCUGGCUGCAUCACUGCCAUGUAUAGAUCUAAAUACACACACAUACAUGAACUGAUGAAUUGUCAUUUGUGUCUGAACUUCCACGAAACCUGCACAAUGCAUUUUAAAUACAUCCACAGGUUUCGUGAAGAUUCUGCUUAUGAUUGCGUACAUACAUACAUUUGUAGCAUGAGAUGAGAGAUAUACAUAUUUAACGUCCAGGAACAUGGAAAGGAGGCAAAAAUAGAAAAAGAAAGGAGAUGGCGGAGAAUGUGUAGCGCUUCCACUGUCUGCAUGUGUGGAGAAAGCUCGAGUGACUUUUUUCUGUUUCCUUUUUUCUUUUCCUUUUUUGUGCAUGAUGGCCUUUUGAGCAUGCUCCCUUCUCGUGGCAGACCCCUCCUGCACAGGACCUUUCUGGGGUGUUUUUGUUUUGUUUUGGUUUUUUUUCUUCUUCCCUUUGUUUCGUUCUCCUUCCUUCAGUUGGUGUCUCUCCAAGCACCUCUUGAGAGCUCCCGUCAGCCUAGCAGAUGCUGUGCAUUCCUCAUUAAAAGUGCUUGUCUGUUUGAUUGGCUGACGAGUCUCUGCGUUUGUCAGGCACCAAGCGUGUCCUUGCUGGACGACCAUCAAGAAGCGCAGCUCCGCUAUUCGCUUUCAUGGGCUUGAAAGAUGGCCGAGGCAUACCGCACCUGAAUGUAUAAACUGUGUCUGUUAACUGGGAUUCCGCAGAGGAUUAACGUUUCUCAUCUCAUCUCAUUGUUCUUUAUAGGCGUCACUCACUUUUACUUUUAGAUAGAAAAAAAUGAAAGAGAAAUUGAUGGGUAACUCCAGCUUUCAUGUAACAGUUUAUUCAAAGAGUAGCACCAGAAAAGCACUGUCCAGGUAACGUAGGUGGACAGGUAGUGUGUGUGUGUGUGUGUGUGUGUGUGUGUGUGUGUGUUGUGUGUCCAUGUCUGCCGCUGUAAGUAGAGCGUGUUGAGAGAGAGUGAGCUUAGCUAGCAUAUGCUCCGGGUGCUGGUUAUCUCCCGGCCUGUUCCUUUGGCUAGAGAUAAAGCAGGGCAUUGGGCAGCUGUGUUCAGCCAGGUGUCGGCUGGGGAGGAAGAGAGGGGCAGGUGGGGGCACAGCUGGGAACAGAGGUCCAUUCAGCCUGGCAUGAUAGGCAUCCAGCCCAGCAGGAGCUCCACACAGUUGGAACUCACAGUAGAGCAUGAGAAGCAUCUUGCAGGUGGGCUUCUUUACCCGCUCUGCCCUCCCCAGCAUUUAAAGAUAUGGCUCAGCCAAAAAAGGUUUGGUAUCUGAAGUUAGCUUUAGUUUUGCACUGACUGCAACUAAUGAACCUAAGAAGAAAGCUUAUAGGUCCUGGAGAUCUACCACCCUGGAGGUGUCUGGCCUAACACACAUGGUUCUAAUGUUCAGAUGCUUCAUUAACUUCAUUAACUGGAUCAGGUAUGUUAGAUUAGGGGUGGAGCUAAACUUUGCAGGGUGCUCUCCAGAAACAGGAUUGGACACCCCUGCUAUGCCUAAAUCAUCAGCCACUAUUUCAGAAUGUGAAUUAAUCACAAAUAGCCUUACCGAUGUGGUUUCCGGUAGUGUUUAACAUGCUUUUGUGUAAAAAAAAAAAAGGGUCAAAAGUAUAGUCAAGAGCUGGCUGCCGCUGCUGCUUUUAGCUAGGCCCUGUAUUUUUGGCUGGGUCAUUCCUUUAAAGGCAAAUUCAAUUGGGUUUUUCAAAACUUCCACAUGAAUAAAUGGUUAAUAUGUAAACACUCAGAGUAGAUUGAUGUGAAAUGCUCAGUUCUAGAGAACUGACUCAGUGGUGGUGAUAGGAACCAGACGUCUGAAGAGUUUAAUGCCCCUAAAUGCACCAUCACCAAAAGUUAUUACAUGAAAUGGUUACAAAUAUGCUGCAUGAUGCCUGAGACACAGUUUGGAGAGAAGGUUUUGGCCUAAAGCAUAUAUUUUUAGAUAUGUGGUGAAGGGGUUCAUGCAGGGUGCUAUAAAGUAAAAUAGUCUCCAGAAUUUUUUUUUUUUUUUUUUUCAGAUUUACUACUGUUUUACCCUCAUCAGCUUUACAUACAAAAGCUCAGAAGAUGCAUAUAGGUCCAGCAAUCAUUUUAGAUAAUAACAUUUAUUUUGCUGUAUUUAUGUUGUAUACAUUUUCCUAUCACCACCACUGUAAAGCAGUCCGUAAAGUUUCUAUAGAAUGGAGCAUUUCAUAUCAAACCACUUUGUUUACAUCUCAACCCUUGACCAAUUGGUGUAAUUCCCAUUAAAGGCUUUAGUAUUUGUUUAUUAAAGACUCUGAAUAUGUAAGUCAUGUAGUUAUGAAAAUGAACAUAUGGACCCCUUGCAGUUUAUGGGGUUAAAAGAUCUCAGUAGGCCCUGUAGGAGAAGACGGGCUGAGCCUGAACCUUGGAAACCCAAUCUGUGUGCUUCUGCUGCUGCUUCCGCCCCAGAGAGAGCCCAGUCGAUCCGCUAUUGGAUAACCUCCCCCAGAGCUCUCCGUGGGGACGGCUCAUUUCCGAUUCGCAGGCAGACAUCGAUACAUCCGUCUGUCAUACUGUGCUAUCAGUUUGCAGGACCUGGAGUUAGCCUUGGUUUGUGUGAGGGUCCUGUAGACCACCAAGUGGAGUCAGGAAUCUUAUGACAAUCACGGCCUACAGAAAGAAGAUGUGUUUAUUGUUAUGGAUAUGUUGUACUGUCAUUUCAUUUGUCAUCUAGGUGUUGUAACCCUCCUCUUCAGAUUAUCAGUAGUUUAACUUCAUAAUCGUUUCGAUAUUUAAAGGUCUGGGUGAGGUUUUCUGACUCAGCACGUGUCAGCAAGUCGUUAAUGAGUUAACCAAUGCACUCGCAGAGCUCUUUCAUGUUUAAAAGGUACAAUAUUGUCACUAUGCAUGGUCACAUUGCAACAGUGUAGAUGUUAUUCUGCAAAGGUAUCACAUAUAUUCGAGUAUCUUAUGGAGGAGAGCUGUGAAGACUCGCACUGUAACAUCACGUAUUUAAUGGCUGCUAAUGAGAUUUGUAGCUCUCAGCAAUGUAACAUCCUCGACUUUGAGGCACCUUACGACGCUGCUUAUAUUUCAGCAAAUACUGCCACCGGUGGGGAACUGUACUGAAAUCCCCACCACAAAGUUUCACAAGUUUUCUCUCAUCAGACGUGCGUAAGGAGUAACGCCUUGCAGACGGCCUCUGUGAGAUUGUAUAAAUGCUUCAGGCCGAGUUAUUCGUGAAGUGCCGAAUGACUUUUCUUAAUGAAAAAGAAUGAAAAAAAAAGAAAAGUUUUACCUGAAUCGGUUCCCCAAAAGCAUCUUAAAGAAGAUAACAUUGUAAACAGACCUUUGAAUUUGUCAUGUUGUUAUGUAGUUGGCUUUACGCCCAUAUUAGGAACUCUGGGUCUGUGCGGUUUGUCUCUAUGGGAAAAAUGACUGGCAUUUAGGCAAAUCGCCAAGAACACACACUUUAACAAAAAUGUUCAAAACAAACGUCCUCCAAAUAUGACUGGAUCCUAUGAAUUAGGAAGUUGUUAAGUAUCCAAAAUAUGAAUGUUGCUGCAUGCUGUGAAAUGACCUGACAUCCUAACAUUUGCAACCCAACAAAAAUACCUUACACAAACCUGCUGUUGUUACUUAAGCAAUAGAAUACAAGAGGGAGUGUGUUAUCGCAAAAUAACACGACUGUGAUUUGGCUGCAGGCACAAGCCGAAGGCAACCUUGAGUGUCCUGUUGCUUUUAUACAACAAUUAAAUAAAGGAAGAAAUAAA